GCUUCAGUUAGCGUGCUGCAGCAGUGUGUCUGCGACCGGACAGACAGACAGUCAGACAGACAAGCAGACAGGCAGAGGACGCCGAUAAGUUGAUAACGUCCACUAGAAGAGGACAAUCGGAAACUUUUACGAGACCCAAGUUUCCAUUGUUACUUUGAAUGUUUUCGUCUCUCAAGGAAUGGGAAACAAAUAAACUAAUAGUGGGCAACGGGGGGAAAUCUCCAGAGUCACUGGCAAAGAACACGCUUCUUUUUUUUCCCGACCUGAAAUGGAUGUAACUUUUACUGUGUACUACUUGGUCUUCAUAGGGGAAUACUGAGAAGAAUUUAAGUCUUGAAACACGACUGGAUCAUCUUAAAAAACGCGGCAGGGGAACAGACGAAUGUUUACAACGGAGGGGCCAAAAUGAAGACAGCUGCCAAGGGUUUUGGGAAGUCUAUCAUGGAUCCUUUGCACCGUGAUGGUUGGUGGAGCAAAAGGAUAGUGCUAAUGGUGUAUGUGACCCUGGAGCUUUUAGCGAUCUAUUCACCCACGGUUCUGGGGACCCUCGAGCUACAGCUUGAUGAAGAACAACCAGCAGGCACAAUCGUGGGUGACAUCAGUGCAGGACUUCCUCCUGGCAUCACGACAUCCUUGUAUUUCAUCUCAGACCACGAGGGCACAGGGGUGGGUAGUGAUUUAGACAUAGAUGAAAGUACAGGCAUUAUUAAAACCGCCAAAGUUCUGGACAGGGAAUUAAGGGAUAGAUACAACUUCAUUGCAGUCACCAUGACAGGCGUGACGGUGGAGGUCACCAUCAAGGUGAAUGAUAUAAAUGACCACGCCCCAACGUUCCCCAGAAAACGGGCCACGUUUAAAAUUCCCGAGCAGACAGCCAUCGGCACAAGGUUUCCUCUUGAGCCAGCUGUUGAUAGUGAUAAAGGCCAACUUACAACACAGGGUUACCUUAUCAAGGAUGGAAAUGUUGGACAAGCAUUCACGUUGGAGACCAGAAGGGGAAGCAGUGAAGUUCUCUAUCUGGAUUUGGUGGUCAAUGCCGUCUUAGACAGAGAGAAAAGAUCCACAUAUACUCUAUCACUGGAGGCCUUUGAUGGUGGUUCCCCCAAGAGGACUGACCAGAUGACAUUGGACAUUGCUGUGCAAGAUAUUAAUGACAACGCUCCUGUUUUUAAUCAGAGCCGCUACCAUGCUAUAAUAUCCGAGAACCUCCAACCAGGAAGCAACAUUCUGCAAGUUUUUGCCACAGAUGCUGAUGAGGGAGACAACGGGAUGGUGCUUUAUGAAAUCAACAGGAGACAAAGUGACCCAGACCGAUACUUCGUCAUAGAGUCUCGCACCGGCAUCAUCACCCUCAACAAGCCGCUGGACUUUGAGAUGAGGAGAGUCCAUGAGCUGGUGGUUCAGGCGCAAGACAAUGCAACCCACCCGGAAGUGACCAACGCAUUUGUCACCAUCCACGUCAGAGACUACAACGACAACCAGCCCACAAUGACCAUCAUCUUUCUCAGUGAGGAUGGAUCUCCUAGAAUCUCAGAAGGGGCGCAGCCAGGCCAGUACGUAGCCCGGAUCUCAGUCACUGACCCAGACUACGGAGAGUAUGCCAAUGUCAACGUGUCACUAGAAGGCGGUGAUGGGAAGUUUGCCCUGACGACUAAAGACAGCAUCAUCUAUCUGAUGUGUGUGGAUCAGGUUUUGGACCGAGAGGAGAGGGACACCUAUGACCUGAGGGUGAUGGCAACAGACUCUGGCACACCCCCUCUCAGGGCUGAGUCCUCCUUCAUCAUUCAAGUGACCGACAUCAAUGACAACCCUCCUCUGUUUGACCAGCCUGUGUACAGACAGGUCAUCCCUGAAGUUGUAUUUCCCGGAAGCUUUGUGUUACAAGUAACAGCUAGAGAUAAAGACCAGGGGCCUAAUGGGGACAUUAGCUACAGCAUUGUACAAGACCAAAGUGUAUACCACAGCUGGUUCAGUAUAGACUCCAUUACGGGCAUUAUCACCACCCUCUCUCAUUUGGAUUAUGAAAAGAACCCUAGUCCAAGUAUAACUGUAGUGGCCACAGAUGGAGGGAAACCACCCCUUUCAUCUACUGCUGUGGUAAACAUCCUACUUCAGGAUAUAAAUGACAAUGAACCUGUAUUUGAGAAGAACUUCUACAACGUGUCCAUCAAGGAGAACACAGCUCCAGGGACCUGCAUUCUUGAGGUGACUGCGACAGAUGCAGACGCCGGCUCGUUUGGCUCAAUUACCUACUCCCUUGGCUCUGGCAUUAACAGCGCUGCUCCCUCUCAGUUCACCAUUGGCAAGGAGACUGGCCAGAUCUGCACUGGUGCUGUACUGGACAGGGAUCAAGGGCCGGCCAGUUUCGACUUUACUGUUACUGCAGUGGACGGGGGCGGACUAAGCUCAGUAGCCUAUGUGAAGGUAGAUCUGGUCGACAUUAAUGAUAACAGACCGGCUUUUUACCCGCUGAGCUAUGCUGUUAGUUUGAGCACCCAGAGCGCCCCUGGGACAUCUGUUGUCAGAGUGAUGGCCUAUGACCCAGACUCGGGUGAAAACGGCAGAAUUACAUACAAAACAAUACCUGGAGGGGCCUCGCCGUAUUUUACUCUCAACAAAGACACUGGUGUGAUCUCCCUGUCUCGGUCGGUCCAUGGGAAGGCCAAUUCUGUCAUUCCUAUGGUUAUCUCUGCUCAGGACGGCGGCGGUCUGGUUGCCUCCGUCAACGCCAGAGUUAAUAUCAGCGUGGUGGCAGGGCUGGUGGCGCCGCCGGUGUUUGAACAGACUCAGUACUACUUCACAGUAUCAGAGGAUGUCCUGCGGGGGACAGUUGUGGGCAUCGUCCAGGCCAGCAGUAAGACAGGCACAUCUAGAGAUAUCUCUUACACCAUCAGCUCCGGGGACCCUGCUGGAUACUUUACAGUGGAUCCUGACUCUGGGUCCCUCAGGACCAGUCUGCCUCUGGAUCAUGAAGCCCUUUCGACUCUUGAUUUGGAGGUGCAGGCCCGCAGCGGCAACCCUCCGGCCUUUGGCCAGACCCGUGUCCACAUCGCCGUCGCGGACGUCAACGACAACCCGCCUGUCUUCCUGCCGUCGUCCUCAGAGUCCCUGCUGCUGCCCGAGCACACAGAAAUGGGCACGGUGGUGUAUCGAGUCCAAGCUGAGGACAGAGACUCUGGAGUGAAUGGACUGCUCACCUUUGACCUUUUUUCUCCAAGUGGAAUCCAGAGGAUCUUCAGCAUAGAGCGCAGCACUGGAGAGAUCCGAUUAGUGGGGAGCCUCAGCUAUGAAAACACUCCCCGUUAUGACAUCCAGGUAAUUGCCAAGGACAGUGGAGUACCUCAGCUUAGCGCCACCUUCAUGCUUGUGGUCCAUGUUCAGGCAGAGAAUGACCAGGGACCUGUGUUCGAUACCCUCACCUACCGCGUGGAACUUAAGGAAGGAACUCCGAUAAGCACGCGCUUCUUGCAAGUCAGGGCUUUGAACAGAGACACCCCAGGCUCUGGACACUUCAGUCCCCUGGCAUAUCACCUGCGUCCAGACGGAGAUGCUGCAGGGUUUGGCAUUGUUGCAGACAGCGGCUGGCUGUUCGUGAAGAGCGCUUUGGACAGGGAAGUCAAGGACAUGUACCUUCUGACAGUUCUGGCAAGUGCAGGGCACGGACAGUUAAAGAAGACCGGCAGUGCCACAGUGCGGAUUUCGGUGACUGACGAGAAUGACAACACUCCUCGGCUCACGCAGGAGAGGGUCUUCAUGGCCGUGAGAGAGAACCUGCCUCCAGGAACCGGCUUUGGUCACGUGUUGGCCACCGAUCGAGACAGCGGUCCCAACGGACGCCUCAACUACCGCUUCCUCCACCCUGACCGCCACUUCCAGAUAAACACCAACACAGGUGAGAUCAGUACGAGGAUGACUCUGGACAGAGAGCAGCAGUCUAGUUACCAGCUGCUGCUUGUGGUACAGGAUGGAGGUUCACCCCCUCGUAGCGCCACGGGGACGGUCUUCAUCACCGUCCUGGAUGACAACGACAACGAUCCCGCUUUUAGCCACAGUCAGUCUGGCAAAAACAUCAUCAUACAGGUGACAGAGGGUCAGUCUUCUGGCGUUGUGCUGGGCACACUGCAUGCAAAGGACCCUGAUGAAGGAGAGAACGGCACUGUAUUCUACUCAUUGUCAGGUCCCAGGGCUGAACGCUUCUCCUUGAAUACAAACACUGGCGAGCUGCGUUCGUCAUCUCCGCUCAGCCACUCAGAACGGGCUGAGUACACUCUGACGGUGACGGCCACUGACAGAGGACUACCCCCUCGCAGCACCUCCUGUUCCCUAACCAUACAGGUUGGCAGCGUUAAUAGACCUCCUUCUGAGACCAAUUCAGUCUCUAUAUCUUUUAAUUCUGUGGAGGAGGCCAAACCCGGGUCCGUCAUUGGCUCGGUUCGCCUUCACGACAGAGGAGCCUCAGAGGAAGGCGAGGUGACCUACACAGUGGUGGGGGGCACAGACAGAGAUGGGACAUUCGUAGUGGACCGUCUGACUGGAGAUGUGUACCUGGCUCGGCCUCUCGACUAUGAGCGAGAUGCGCGCUACAACCUGCAAAUUGAGGUGGACGACUUUUCCCAGGCUCCUCCCAGCAGCACCCUCGUCCACCUGAACAUUGACAUAGAGGACAGCAACGACCACACCCCCCAGUUUCCCGAGGACCCCAUCACCAUUGUCAUCUCUGAGAGCAUGGAGGCCGGCUCUUCCGUCUAUACUUUCCAGGCUACGGAUAAAGAUGGAAGCGGGCCCAACAGCGAGCUAAUUUAUUCCAUUCUCCACCAGUGGCCGAGCACCCCAGACCUAUUGACCCUCGACUCCUCCACUGGGAUACUCUCUCUGGGCCAAAAGCUGGACCACGAAGUCAUGUCCAACCUGAUUCUUGUUGUGAAGGCGACAGAUUCUGCCGUCGAUGCCAGCCAGAGGCGCUGGGGUUCUGUCACGGCGAGGGUGUACAUAACAGAUGAGAACGACAAUCCGCCGGUGUUCAUAUCGCCAACAGCUGUCAGUGUGAUGGAGGACCAGCCCGUGGGCUUCGUGGCCCUGUAUGUCAUGGCCAGAGAUGCAGACCAAGGAGAGAAUGGAAGAGUGACCUACAAAAUCCUGUCCGGCAACACUGCAGGGACAUUCAGCCUCAACCCUAACACCGGCUCGCUGUCUAUUUUCAAACCUCUGGACCGUGAGGAGCAGGACAUCUUUAACCUCACGGUGAUUGCUGAGGAUCAUGGGAUACCCCAGCACUCGUCCAGCCAGCUGUUGUGUGUCCAUGUGAUUGAUGUUAAUGAUGAGGUGCCCUGGUUUGAGGAGAACCAAUAUGAAGCUCAGAUCUCUGAGAACCAACCUCCAGGAACUAGUGUGUUGACAGUGUCCGCCUCUGAUCUAGACCAAGGAACCAACGGGCAGGUGACGUACGGCGGUAUCUCACAGGACUGUUUCAGCAUCGACCCUGUGACAGGUGUCAUAACGACCACCAAGCCUCUGGACAGGGAGCUGCAGGACUCCUACACUGUGACAGUUUACGCAAAAGAUGGAGGCCUCCCACCCAACUACGCUAAAGCAACAGUGAGGAUCAAGGUGCUCGAUGUUAAUGACAACACUCCUGUCUUUGGACGUCUCUACUACAGCAUAGAGGUGCCGGAAAACCUGGAGGCGUUACCUUUGUUCACUCUCAGAGCCACUGACCUGGACGCAGGGGACAGUGGAGGGAUAAGCUACAGGAUUUCAGCUGGAGAUCCAUCCGGAGACUUCCGCUUGGACAGGCUGUCGGGUGUGCUGUCCACCUCCAGGCCUCUGGAUCGGGAGAAAAGGGCCGGGUACACUCUGACUGUUGUAGCUCAGGACCAAGGCCAGCCUCCACUAAGCAGCACGGCCACAGUAGAGGUGACAGUUCUGGACAUCAAUGACCACAGCCCGCAGUUUCAGAGCAGCAGCUACACGGCAGACAUUUCGGAAGACGUUUCCAUCGGUUCGCUGGUGCUAGAGGUGAAAGCCGUUGAUCUGGACCAAGGUCCCAACAGCCAGGUGCUCUACUUUCUGAGCCGUGGCUCCCAGAGCAUGUUCAUCAUAGACCAGAACACAGGCCGCAUUAUCACAGCAGCACCCCUCGACAGAGAGAGAACUGCCUCCUACACCUUCGAGGUGUGGGCCAUUGACUCCUCCCCUGCAAACCCACAUAAUUCCACUGCUCAGGUGACUGUCUACAUUCAGGAUGUGAAUGACAAUGCACCCUUCUUCAUUCAGGACCCGCUUAUUGUGAAUAUCUCAGCUAGUAGCAUAUCUAGCCGCAGAGUAUUGGCCACCAUGAGGGCUGAGGACAAAGACUUCGGAGCUAAUGGCUCUGUUUUCUAUCGUUUCGCCAACCCGGUGAGGGGCUUCACCAUUAACUCGCUGACCGGAGACAUCCAGGCCACAGAGAAGCUGCAGACUCUGACCCAAAGUCAAAGGACACUGAUUGUUCAGGCCAUGGACCAAGGGAACCCAGCUCAAUCCUCUCUGGGGGUGGUUAUCAUUUAUAUCAGGGAACAGAUCUACAGGGGGAUUCGCUUCUCCCGCACAGCUAGAGACGUCAGUCUGCAAGAGAACGCUGCUAAAGACACAAUAGUAACACAGGCCCAGGCCCAGUACCCCGAUGGAUCUAAAACUGGUAUCAGCUACAGUAUUUUCAGUGGAAAUAAAAUGCAGUCUUUUGGAAUAAACCAUAUCACUGGUGAAAUACGAGUUCAGAGAUCUGAAGGACUCGACUUUGAGGAGACUCCAAAACUCCGCCUUGUGGUGAAAGCCGAGACGGCAUCCUCCAGCUCCUACAUGGCCGUCAACUUAAUCCUCCAGGACGUAAAUGACAACUUGCCGCGUUUCCAGCUCCAGAACUAUGUAGCGUACAUUAGAGAGGCGCAAGGCUAUGACUUUCCCAUCAUCCAGGUUGCUGCAGAUGACCUGGACCAGGGUCAAAAUGGUCAGGUGACCUACUCCAUCAGGUCAUCUUCCAUGAGCGGCUUGUUUAAGAUAGACCCAAUCACUGGUAGCGUCACCACUGCAGCCAUAAUGGACAGGGAGAUCUGGACGCAAACCAAGCUUGUUGUCACAGCAACAGACCGGGGGACCCCGCGGCUCGCUGGCUCCGCCACCCUCACUGUGAUCAUCAUCGACCUCAACGACAACAGCCCCAUGAUUCCUCUGCCGCGGAAGAUCCGGGUGCCCGAGGAUACCGCCAUCGGCACAGUUAUAACCCAGGUAACAGGAAAUGAUGUGGACUCGGGGCCAGCCCUUUCCUACACCUUACACCUGGAUGCAAACAGCCAAGGCAUGUUCGGGAUUCAUCGUUACGGAGGAGGAGUGUCCUUGACUGGCCCUCUGGACUAUGAGGAAAAGACGUGGUACACUCUGACGGUCCGCUCGUCCGACUCGAAGCACCAGAGCGAGGCCAACCUCACUGUGCUGGUGGAUGAUGUGAACGACAAUGCCCCCACGUUUUCUCACGAUUUGUAUCAGGCGACUGUACCGGAGCACGUCCCAGCUGGAAGUGCAGUCAUCACUGUGACUGCUACUGACCGUGACUCUGGUGACAAUGGAAAGAUUACCUACAGAGUUAUGUCAUCAACUAAGGGUGUCUUCUACAUCGACCCAAGCAAUGGUACUCUGUUUGUCCAGCAAAAAACAGAGUUUGACGCUGAGAAUCCUUCCAUUCUAGUAGUGAUUGAGGCACGGGACCAAGGUACUCCAUCGCUUUCAUCCGUUGCCACAGUGCAGGUCCAAGUGUCUGAUGUCAACGACAACGCCCCCAUUUUCCACCAGUCAGAGUAUCGAGCCACUGUGUCUGAAGACGGGCUUCCCGGAUCAACUGUUCUGACAUUAGAAGCCGUGGACGGAGACCUAUUCCGGGAUAACUGUGGUUUUGAUUUUGCCAUUGCCAGCGGCAACUCGGGUAAUGCCUUCCAGAUUGAGAGCAGUGUGCGCUUCUUGGAGGGGCGGGGCUUCCAGACAGUCGGCAGCCUGAUCCUGGUGGAGGAGCUGGACUUUGAAGCAGUACCAAGUUAUAACCUGACUGUUGUGGUAUCAGAUCGUGGAGUUCCUCAACGUAGCUCCAGCGUUCCUGUCCUUAUCAGUGUUACAGAUGCCAAUGACAACCCUCCAUCUUUCAGCCGAACAGAGUACAACGCGGUGCUGAGUGAGGGUGCCGCUGUCGGGACUGAGAUCAUGCAUUUGUCUGCAACAGAUCCAGACUCUGCUCCCAAUGGAGAGGUGCAGUACUCCAUAAGCUCAGGGGACGAGACGGAGCUUUUCCAGGUGGACCGCUGGACUGGAGCUUUGAGGCUGCACAGACCACUGGACAGCAAGACACAGUUGUCCCAUAUGAUUGUUGUCCAAGCUACCGAUGGUCAAGGGCACUACGCUUUGGCCCCAGUCAGUAUAGAGGUGAAGGACAUCAAUGAUAACCGGCCCUUCUUUCCCCUCAAACUAGUAACUGCAAGCAUCAGGGAAAACCAACCCCAGAAUGCCUUAGUUACCAUGCUCCAUGCGAUCGACUAUGACAGAGGUGUUUUUGGACAGCUAAGGUACUACAUGCUCGAUACCUCUAAAGAGGGAAGAGAAGGCUUCCUCAUCAACCAAACAUCAGGCGAAGUACGGACUCGCUCUACUUUUGAUUUUGAGAAGGUCAACUCCUUCCAUUUUGUUGCUCUUGCCAUGGAUGCUGGUAACCACUCCGCUUCUGUGACAGUACAGGUUUAUGUAACAGGGGAGGACGAAUACGAUCCCGUAUUCACCUCCCCGGAGUUUUCAUUCGAAGUGCCUGAGGGAGCAAGGAAAGGUCAAGUCAUUGGUAAAGUUCAAGCCAAGGAUGAGGAUGGAGGCGUGGACGGCGUUGUUCUCUACUCUUUAUCGGAUGAUUCGCCUUAUUUUGAAGUCAAUAAAUCAACCGGAGCUGUUUCCUUGAAGAUGGACAGCUACAGUAGACACGUGAGUCGCUCUAAAAGAGAGGUACGUGUGAUGACGCUGGAUGUGACUGCUCAUAGCCCUCUGGAGACGUCUCGUGUAGCAGUUGCCAAAGUCACCGUAGAUGUCAGUCAUACGUCCUUCGGUCUCUCCACAGACGUGAACACGCUGCUUAUCAGUGUCAUUGCAGUCUCACUCGGGACCAUAGUCAUACUAAUACUAAUUGCUGUGGCAUUAUUUUUUGUUAAAUUAAGACGGCAGAAGAAGGAGCAAAAAGCACACGAGCGGACGAAAAUGUCUGGCACCCUGCUUCACAAACUUGAGGAAACAAAAAUAGCCGCAAAUGAAAUGAUUUACCACCAGACCCUCCCUGGAUAUGCAGCCGAUCAGGGAGGCAGCAGCGGGGGUCCGUACACUCGCGGGGGAUCUCUGGAUCCGUCACACUCAAGUGGCCGUGGCUCAGCAGAGGCAGAGGCUGCGGAGGACGAUGAGAUCAGAAUGAUUAAUGAGUAUCCCCGGGUGUCGAGCAUCUCCUCUUCCAUGCAGGAGCGCAUCUCUGCCCGCGGCCCGGACUCUGGGAUCCAGCAGGACGCUGAUCAGCUGUCAGAUGUGUCCUGUGAGCCUUCAAUAGACUGGUUCAAAGGGAAGAAGCUGGGCAGCGUGAACAGUACUUUAUUGGCUGGCCAGGUGCCAGUCUACAGGGACGAAGGAGGUGGAUACGUGGGCGUGGGGCGGGGACUCAGCAUCUCCCGCCCUAAAGACUAUACUUUUCCUGAGGAUGGGAAGCCCCCUGUGGACGGCUCCCUGACAGCCAUUGUGGCCAGUGAUGAGGAGCUGAGGGGCAGCUACAACUGGGACUAUCUGCUGAACUGGUGCCCCCAGUUCCAACCCUUAGCUAACGUUUUUACCGAAAUAGCGCGUUUAAAAGAUGAAACGGCUCCUCCUCACCCUCGCAGGUCGUUUCAUCACAAAGCAAAGGCUGAGUCAAGAAUCGACCCCCCGCCUCUCAUAACCUCAGUGGCUCACCCCGGGGCCAAAACUGUACCUCCAAAGCCGGCCAUAGGGAGGACGUUCCCCCAUUUGGGUUCUUUAAGAAGGUCUCCCCUCAGCGCUGAUGGAUCCAUCUCCUCGGUCGCCAUGUCUCCCAGUUUCUCCCCGUCUCUUUCACCACUCGCGGCACGUUCUCCUGCAGUUACGCCCUUCAGUGUCUCCCAGGGUCCCUCUGCCUCCGUGAUCAGCACAACUGAACAUAAUUUAGAACACAGCGAAGAAGCAGAGCUGAGGAUUUAAAUUCUCGAGUGCAAAUUAAAACUGUGUCGCUGCUCUCCUAAACUUGUUCUACUGUAUUAACCACAGGGGCUGCAACCUGAAAUGAGUCAAUGCUAUUCUAUUUUAUGUUCCCUUUCUCCAGGGAGCGAGUACACAAGGUUACCCUAAGAAGUCCAAAUAGGCGAAGUCGUGGUGCUUUCUGAUAUAAAUAUAUAAAUGAGAAAAAAAAGAAAAAAAAACUACAUGACUAACAGGCCAAAACGGACUAUGCCUUUGUGUGUCUGUGUGGGUGACUGCAAGUGGGUGUGAAAGAGACGUAUUCCUCUGUUGAUCAGUGUUAAUUUGCACAUUUGAAUGGAGAUUCAUACAUGAUGUCAAUAUUUUGUAAAAAAACAAACAUUGCCUUUAUUUUUGUACUUCCAUGUGGUUUCUGAUUUAAAAAAAAAAAAAAACGAAUGGCAUUAAGUGUCGAAUGGGUUGUUAAAACCUCAGAAUAUAUUUCUAUAUUUGUAUAUUUGUAGCUUGUACUGUAUACUUAUUUGUACUGUUUGUGGUAUUGUAAUUCUUAACCUUGUGGUUUUAUGAAGCUCCUCAUUAAUGCUUUAUGAAGGGGGAUUUGGAGAUAAUUGUAAAUAUUUAAAGAAGACCAGAUAUCCUUGGCUGAACAAAUGAAACAUCAGUCAGAAUAGAGCAUUGUGUGAUCAGAUUUUGAAGAAGAGUAUUUGAUCUCACAUCAAAAGGUAAUUAGGAAUGUGAAACGGUUUGUCUUAGUCCUUAACGUGCACCCCUUCAUAUUCUGCAAAGGAAAAUUGAACUUGACGGCCAAUGAUCCUGUCCUUCAGGUUCAUUAGUUUUUGUUUUCUCACAGCAAGCCUUACUGCUUUUCACUUGGCAUUGUGAAAGUACUUCAUUUGAGGGAAAACACUGAGCAGCUAUUUGGUAAAUGUAAUAUUGUUUGCUUUUAUCAGCAGCCUCAUCAUUCCAGAGAAUGUAAGCAGGUCAGUAAAAUGUUUUUCAAAUAACAAUUAAAAAAAAAAAAAAAAAAACUAUAAAAAAUGUAGCUGUCCUAAUUUCUGUACAAGUUUUGUUCCACAGAUUUACUGACAAACUUUAAUGAAUGUUAUUUUCGGACCACAUCUCGUUUCAGUAAUGCUAUAAAGAAUAUAUAUAUGGAUAUAAAAAUAAUACUAACAAAUGUAACAUUUGGUAUGAUGGAAGUAUAAAAAAGCGUAUAUUUCUGAAUGUUCAAACGCCACAAGAGAAUGUUUCACUGUUUUAACACAGAUGCCUAUGACAUAAAAUAUUCAUGACCAUUAUUGUGUUUUUGGCCUUUGUAAAAUAAAGUAAUGCGCCGAUUUACAUAAUUAACUACCUAGUGUCCUUGCUUAAUCCCUUGACAUUGUGUAUUUUUUAGUAUUUAUCAUUAAUAUAGGCCUCAGAAACUGAGACACAAGGAUACUAUUUUGACCAUGGCCAAAUAUACAUGAACACUACCUAUUAGAAAGAUGGUACUUCGUUGUUUGUAUUGUUUUGUAUUCAUCAGUGUUACCGCCACACAGUGGUGUCAUAGAAGAAGAAAUUCCUCCAGAUGUUCACACAUAUCAUACUAGGUUUGUCCAGAGAAAUGUUUUGAGCAAAAAGUGCCUGAUUAAAGUACUUGUCAUCA